GGGCCGCCGUCCAGGGAAGACCGAACGUGAGGAACUGCUGCUAUCUGAACGCCUCGUAGGCACAAUCUUGGCAUUAAAAAUAAGAUCCAAUCCGAAAUAAAAGAGAAAAAGAAAAUGCCGUCCGUAUAACGAACGUCAAUGGCUUACUAAUCGAUUACGAAAAUGGACGAGGUUUCUUAAUGGAUACAUAAAAAAAAAUAUUGGACAAGUGACAGAAGUCACACGCCAAGAUGUUGUCGAUGUGUGGAUUGCUGUGCCGCAUGCUGCGAGGCUGGCGGCACAGUGAGGCGGUGAUGCUCAUGGCAAAGGCACUCUCCCAGCCUCACUCGUCUCUGCUGGUUCAGGACAUUCGAGCAUCAGAUUCGGGUAUUGUCAAAGUUAAUGAGCCAAGCUGCACAUCAAUCUUCUGCCAAAACAGCAACGAAGGAUCAGUAGGACAGCUUCUCUGGAGGGACAACAACAAGCAGGCAGUUGUCAUAGCUCCCAAGCAAAGAGUGGACCUUAAGCGAUGGACCCUCUUCAUGAUGGCGGCAGAUCAUCCAAGUAACAGCCACUCAAGAGAAUCAGCCCAGCAAGCGAGCGAGAAUGGAUUCCCAAGUGCAAAAUCUGAUGUUACGACCACAAUCACAGUCCUCCUUGAAGCCUCAUACAGAGAGCAAGAAGAUAAUCAGCUGCUAGACUGUUAUGUGAUGGUAGAACAGUUAUCUCAGCCCUAUGCCUGGAAGGCCAGAGAUGUGUUUGGAGUCAUUGUAACAACAACCCCACCUCAGCUGCUUGCCAUGAUUCAAGCCUUCUUCAAUAAUGCUCUCAUUGUUGAUGAUGACUUUCUUAUUACGAAGCUUAUUACUGUUGACUUAGUGGGUCAACCUUCAACCUUUGAUGACCCACUGAGCAUACCAGAAAGUGUGACCCCAGGACCAUGGACCACAGAGAAAACUACUUGCACACAGAUGGAGUUAGCUCGUUCUGUGUCUCCCACAAACUAUACUGUGGGCCAGUUAUCAGUCAGAGAAGGCGAUCCCAUGGGAGCUUGUGGUAUCUCUCUGCAUCCUCCGACCCUUUCUGCUGUAUUGCGUCAGCAGUCAUCAGCAGAGAGUGCCACAGAUACAUCCACUACUCUUCACCCUCAAUCAUCUAGUGAUAGUGACAAACGGGCUUCUAGCCUCGACCCUCAGUCAUCGUAUGACAGUGUCAGUGAUUAUCCAACGUCUGACACUGAUGAUCUAUCUUGCAAUGUUUAUAAUUUCUAUCCCAGAGGAUGGGCAGUGUCUGGCCAGCAAGUUGUGUCGGGACAGCCACUGUCAGUCCGGGGUGUCCUCAACCAUCUGGAAGGUAAACAGUACAGAAAACCGUGUUCCAUAGUGUCUAAUCCUAUGGAAGAUUUAUGGCAGGAGUCCGACGAGAAAACAAAAGUGGUGGAUGCAGGCAGUGUCUAUCAACACGGAAGCUUAAGAUGCAUGAAUGGUCCUGCUGGAUUUUCCAAAAGGAGUGAGACACUGUUGAAAGUUCGGAGGGGCUCAUCAGAAUGUAGUUAUCCAUAUCGGUGUAUCCCUGGGAAGGUAAUUUGCCAGAACAUACAGCAUUCAGUGCCUGGCAAAGCUGAGCAGGAGAUUGUGAAAGAGGCAGCUGAGUAUUAUCAGAGAGCAGUUUCCUCUGCUCAAGAACGCAGAGAAUGGACCAAGAAAAGUUUUAGUUCAACCAGUGAGGAUGAUGGUCCACCAUGUAAAUUCUCAUUCUCUGACACUAAAGAAAAAGCAGUUGUUACACAAGAACCCAAGAGACACCCUGUGAGAAUUAGUAGUGAAGCUGAUCUAAGUAGAGCUACAAAUAUAAUAAAAGAAAAUCUUGCAAACAUUGUUGAAAAUUAUCUAGUAAAACAUGGCAGUUCUGAAUAUCAUCACCUUAUUCCAAAGGCUAAAGGUAAUGGUGAUAGAAGUGUUGAGGCAGAUACCCAUAAUGGUAGUCAAGGUGUAAAUGUGAAUGUCAGAGACAAGGUCAUUCAUACAACAACAUCCAGGGUCCUAAAUGACCAAUAUGAGGUUACCAAGACACAAGAUGUACAACAGAUCAGUAUAUCCAUAAGCUUUGAAGAUGAUGAAAAGUUAGUCACUGAAAUUAUGGGAGGCUGUGAUGAAGGUCUUGUGUCAGUUAUUGAUACAAAGAAGGCUCCAGUACAGGGCUUCAGUGAGGAAGAAGUAAGUAAUUACUUUGCAAAUCAAGAAGAAAGUCCUGAUAAAUCAAUGGAAGAAGAUCAGUCUCCAGUUCUCUCUCCAGUAAGUGGGAAAAUUGCAAGUAAAUCCUCAGGAAGAAGUGAAAAGAAAUUAGUGAAGAGUGAGGAACUUUUGCCACCUACUAUGAAGCGUGAAAGUUGUAUUGAUAUUCCAAAUAAUGAUGAUGAAUUCAGAAGUGUCACAAGGUUUGAGGACCAGAGCAUUCAAGAAAGAGCCUGGCUGGAAAAGGAGGAAUUGCCAGGCUCUCUUAUUGUAAAAAGUGAGGCAGUCAUCAACAUUUCUGAAACGUUUAUUGGAAAUGGAAACCUUGAUGAACCUAGCAGAACUAAUGAGAAGAUGCUGGAAAUGCUCCAACUCCACAAAAAUGGUGUAAUGGAAGAUUCCCACACAAAGGAAGAAGAUAUCUCAGAGAAGCUAAUUGACUUAGAAACUGAAAGUGGAAUAAGAGAAAAGGAGCUAGCUCAAGUAAACAAAAUUGCUGACGAGUCACCGAUUUUGAAAGAGAGUUCAUUGAUCACUGAAUCACUUGAAAAAGAGGAAAAAGUUAGCAGUCCAACUACUGAAGAAAAGGUAUAUUCACCAGAUACUGACUCCACUUCAGUUGAGAACAUGGAUUCAUACAGAGUCAAAGAUAUUAAUAAAUCACUGGCAGGUAAUGAUAACAAGUAUUCUGAUAUACCCAUUAUUUUAGACAGUGCCCAGGAGAACAUAGCUGUUAGUGAAAAGAAAACUCAUAAACUUUCACUUAUUAGUGAAGUUGAAGAAAAUGGGGAUGGCAACCAUUUAGAGGUCCAAGAGAAAGGCCAGGUUGAUGAAGUGAGUGAUGAUGAUAGUUCACAAAAACCAAGAUGUCUCAAAGAUAUACACAAACUAAAUACAAAAUCCAGCACCACUAGUGAAAGUUCAUUUGAAUCUCUUCCAUACAGAAUGCUUUCAUCUCAGCCAGAUAGCCUGAAUGAUGAUUUAGGACUGGUCAUAGAACUGACUAGUGCACCAAUAGAUUCAGAAAAGGCUUUAGCUGCAAAACGUGAGUUGAUCAGGCAAGAGCGAAUGGCUGCAAUGUCCCUUAUGAGUGGAACACUGUUAGAAUCAAGGGAUGAAAUAAGAUAUGAAGCCAUCUUUGAGAAAGGGUCUGAGUUUGAUACUGUUGAUGUAGAAAAGUGUACUGAUGUGGAUGCAGUCCAUGGGGAGGAGAAUAUUGAAGUGAAUGCCAUGGCAGCAGCAGCUUCAACACAGGAAGAAGAUAGAGAAAGUUACCCUAGCUCCUUGUUUGAUUCUGGUGUGGAUAUAGCAAUGCAUGAACAUGUGAGCAGCAUAAAUUCAUCCCUUAGCAAGUCACUGGUCAGUCCAGUAGAAUCUGCAGCAGAGUCUGGUUUCUCAAGUUUGAAGGAGCCUCUUGUACCAGAGGGAGCCAUGGUGGAAGAUAGUGGGCCAGGUGAGCACAGGGGAGUUUGCUUAAGUAAAUCAAAAGAUAGUCUUGAUCUCACUGACACGGAUAAGUUCCCUGGUACAGAUACCCUCUCAGAUGACAUGGAAACACUCUCUUCAAAUGCUGGUGAUAUUACCCUUGUGGAGAGUGGCCCUGUCUCUAAGGAAGGAUCUGCACGAGGAAGCGUCUCUGAUGGCAUUUAUCAAGACAAUGGGUAUUUGAGAUAUGGCUCGGAAUCAUCUCAUCUAGAUUUAGAUUCAGUUGGAAUUCCUAAUACAUAUCUUAAAGGUUCACAUUAUGAGACUGCAGCAGGUGUUGAGGAAAUAUCAGGAAGGGAUGAAUUAUCUCCAAAGGCUGGAGGAGAGAAGUUGACUCAACAAAAUCUGAUGAGACAUGCAGAGAAGACCUCUAUAUCAACAGAUAUUGUAGAUUAUUGCAAUAGGUUGCAGAAACUUUCAAUGGAUUAUGAUAAAGUUAGCACAUCAGAGAAAUUUGAUCAAAAGUCUGCCAAGUAUUUGCCAGAGGAAAGUGAAGCAUCAAAGAGAAAGACUAGUGAGUCCAUUUCAUCAGAAGAUACAGUUAUAUCGAAAGUGUCUGCUGAAGAACAGAAUAAUAAGAUUCAGUCACAAGGAUCACAGGAAGACCAAAUGGAGCUCCCAGAGAGCCUUCUGGAAUGUUCAGAAUAUGAGGAUAUAAGCAAGACAGGAGACUUUGACAAAGGAAAGGAAAAUGGGGAGCCAUGCAAGUCUCCCAUAAGUCACAUUGGAAUGAACAGUAGAAUUAGUGUCAGCAGCGGUGAAGGAGUAGAACACAAAGAUAAAGACUCUGCUGUUGCACCUGCAGUAUCAUCAGGAGCUGACCAAUAUUGUGACAUUGCAAUUGAGGGUAAAUCAGGGGAGAAUGAGGGACUGUCAGAUGUGAUGAACAGGGUAGACACAACAGAGCUUAAUGGUGAUGAAUCAAUGUGCAAAGAAGAAGAAUCUAAUGGAAGUUCACUUAUUGGUUCAGUUGAAAGAAAACAGUCUUCAGUAGGACACAAAUCUAGAGGAUCCACACUGACAUCAUCCACCAGUCAGUCUGAAGAGAUCCCUAAAGAUGUCAGUGCAGCUGAAAAAGUUCCUAGCCAAGAAAAUGAUUCUCCGAAGGAUUCUACAACAAAACAGAGCUAUCAGUCAGAGAAGACCUCCAUAUCUGGUGCAGAGGAGAAGGAGAGCAGCAGUCAGCCCGUUCCUAUGUCUGAAGCAGAAAAGAGCAGAAAGUCUAACAAGUCAAAGAGUGAUGUAAGUGACAAAUCGAGUCCAAAUGCCCGGGAAACAUGUAGCAAUUCAGACAGACCAAGCCGGCACUCAAGCAGAAGUGGAGUUUCUGACUUGGAGGAUGAGGUGUUCCUUCCACCCAGUGAAAACUACAUCUUUGAUGGUAGACCUGUAAUUUAUUGUCCCAAAAUAGAUAUGGCUGAUCAAAUAGGAAUUGAACACCCACAAGUUGCUAUGAGUGUAUUUGCAGUCAUUCCAUCCAAGGAAAUUAAAAGUGGCAAAGAUGGCCGAUGGGAAGAGCAUAUGGGUAAAGGGAGUGUAUUUAAGAUGGCUGAUUAUUAUGCAGCACAAGAUAGCCAAAUUCAGAAGGAAGAGAAAGAUAAACCUCUUGUUGUAUCAGAAUUUAGGAAGAUAUCAGAGGGAUUCACUGUGGCAGAAGACAGUGUUCUGUUAGAAGAAGAACAGCCCAAAGCUCCAGUUGAAUCUGAUACCAGUGAUGGAAAUGUUGAAUGGAAGAACAAGAAUGCAGAGAGUAAAGCUCCACUGAGAUGCACAGGAGGUGCCCCAUUAACAGAUGAUUAUACUCACAUAGAAGAAGAUGAGAUAGAGCCAAUAACAGCUGCUAAAGAAGAAUUGAAAGCCACUAAGACAGAUAAUGAAGGAUGGGUACCAUCAAAAGAGUCAAUAAAUGUAAAGAAACUUGAUAAUGGGACUUUGGGUGAAGCCAAGGUAGAAAAGGUAAGUGAUACUAAAAGUUCAUGCAAGCCCACAAGAGUGAUUCAUCCAGCAGUGAGAUCAAAGAGAGCAGAUGGUAGUGUUCAAAACAAACAGAAAAAUGUUGAAGAGAUACAUGGUCCACAGACUGUCCUGAAGUCUGGAGUAUCAGAUAUAGAGAGCAGAAGUCAUAAAGAAUCUGCUAUUUAUGAUGAUCGAGUUAGGUCAUAUGAUAGUGAAUGGGUGAUUGCAGCAGAUGGACAUACCAUUAUUAAUCCUGUUUUUCAAGAAUCUCCGAUAUCCCCAUUCACAACUCAAACUAACAAUUUGAUAGAGGAGUCACAGAAGCCUUCAGAUUAUAGAGUUUUUGAUUUAAGUAAACCACCCUUAGAUGACACUGUUGACCAUUCCAAACCAAAGCUGGCACGAAUGGCCAACUUGGAGAGGUCUGACACAGCUAUAGCCAUACAGAGAGUAUCAGACAUGGAGGUGCUUCCAGUCAAUAAAGUGGCAAUAAAGAUUUUAGAUAAUGAUGAAAGUGUACCACAGUCCCCAGUAUUGUCUCCACUUUCUCCAAGAUUUCCUGGUAAGACAAACUCAUCAUUUUCAGGUGCCAAGGAAGCUGUGGCUGCUGAAGAAACGAUUACACGAAGAAGAACAGGUUCAGAUGCAAAUGAUCACACCACUGGGGACAAGGCAAACGAGAAGCGCAUAAAUACCUCAAAGAGGGAAGGUAAAGUUUUCGAUUUUGACAAAGUUCCUGACCUGGAAGAAUGUAAAUCACAAGGAACAGGAUCUCUGAAGUCUAAAGAGAGUGAGGAGAGCGAAAUCAGCAAUGUAACCUCAAAUGAAGAAUAUUCUGCCAAAUCUGAACCAGAGAUGAAGACAGAGGGAAGUGAGAGACUCUCCACUCUGACUCUUGAUGAACAAAGAUCAGUUUCCAAAGGGGACAUAAGGGGUGGUUGGGCUGUAGGUGGGUCCCUGGAGUGCUUGGAGAGAACCAGCUCCAGCAAGGAAGGUAAAGGGCAUCAUCAAGGAUCUAUAUCAAGUGCCAAGUCAGAAGACCUUGGCAUGAAGUGUGAGAAAGUGAGUUUAAAGUCACAGGGCUCUUUGGACAAAUUUCCUCAUUUUGACCAGAUCAGUGCACAGCAGAAGGCAAGGGGGGCUCGGAAGAAAGUCCUUUCUGUUGAUACUGAGGGUAAAGACAAGCUGGGAAAGGAGAAAAGCAAGGAAAUGCAUAGGAGUGCAACACUUCCGGUGGGGUCCUUGUCAAUUAAAAAGGAAGAUAAGAAAAAAGAAAAAGAUGAAAAGGUUAAAAAGAAGAAGAAAGAGAAGGAAGUGGGGGUUGUAGAAAAAAAAUCAGCAAUAUCAUCUCUAAAGGGGUUGCUAAAGAGGACCAAACCAAAGGAAAAGGAGAAAGAGAAAGAGAAGGAUAAGGAUAAAGAUAAAGAUUCUUCAUCCCAAGAGAAGCUAUCCUCUCCCUCUCUGUUUAGAAAAUUUGAGAGGAAGAGUCGAAGCAACACACAUUCUCCACUGCUGGAUGACAAGAAGCAUACCAGUCCAGGUAAAGUUGCAAGUAGCACGCAGCAGCGUGAUGUAGAUAAGUUAAAACAUAGUCCUGUAGCAGCUAAUGGCAAAACUCGUCCAGUAAUCAGUGGCCCUGUAGAUGUACGUCCACUAAGCAGCCCAGCAGAGAUUGGUUCAUCAGGUAGAAGCAGUUCUGUAGUGGGUGCUUCCGGCUCAGAAAGUGAAAGCCCUGCUAGUAGCCACCACUCCUCUCCAAAACGCAUUGUAAAUCACACUCGUAAGACUAGCAUGGGUAACCAACCAUCCCCACGGUUGUAUAGACACGUCCUUACAAGAAACCUCUCCAGCAGUCAGGAAUCAGUAGACAAUCCCAUGCUCUCGUCAAGUCACUCUUCACCUCAGACGUCACCCCAUACCUCUCCAAAAAGAAGGCUUGUACCUGCUUCAGCAUCCUCUUAUAGUCUUCCUGCCAGUCGUGACAUGAGCCCUCCUGCCCCUGUUAUGGGGACAAGAGCCCUCAGAGGUUCUAACAACAGCUUUUCAGUAACAAUUGGCUUCAAACCCACAGUUGAAAAACAUAGCAGAACCAUGAGUGAAGGAGCUGACCUUAACAAAGUAGCAGUAUCUCCUGUAUGUAAGCGGAAAGAAGGGUCGGGUAUUUUGACACAACUUAAUAAACGAUCAUCUUCAAUGGAGAUUCUUGUAUUUGGGAAAAUCAGAGAACACUGUUCAGAAGGGGGUAAAUCUCCUGGUGGAAGCCCCUUCUCUCGAGAGGGGAGUUUCCGUUUACAUAGGGAAAUAUCUGUUGAAACAUUGUUUGAGCUUCCCGAGACUAGUCCCAGAUCAAGCAGGACACAAGAAGAAUACCAGGAGUACCUAAAUGAGGUACAGGCCAGGAAUGACUCACAACAUGGGUCUUCAUGGAGCCUAUUUGAAGAGUCAGAAACGGAGGGGCAGCAUAGAGCCACGCCAAAGAGGAGGAGUUCACACCAUACUGCCAUGGGUAAAAAAUUAAGUUUACCACAUAAUAUGCAUCUUUCAGGUUUACGAGAGACUGCAUCAUCAAAUCCUAAUCUGCAACGCUGUGGUUCACCGUUUGUCCGUGGUGUCACACACAGUUCAAGCUUCACCUCCAGCCCCUUUAGACGUCCCCACUCUUCCACUGCUGUGUUUUCACCAGCAAAGAGAGUUAUCUCCUCAGUUUCAGGUUUGUCUCCACCUGGGGAAUCCAGUCCUGGUAUGCCCCUGAUGCGUGUGGAGGAGGAAGGGCCUUGCCGGAAGAACUUAGAUGUCGAUACAGGAAAGCCACCCAAUGUCCUCGUGUAUGCAGCCAAUAAAGCAGACUAUUUCGAGGCUGUCAGGGAUACGCUUGUAAAUUGCCUUAAUCAGGAUAGAUACACAGUCUAUCAACUGACAGAUGAAAUGGCAUUCAAGUCCCCAUGGGCAGGAAGUACUACAUUGUUAGUAGUCUGCGGUGAUGUCCCUGCUCAUGUGUCAACAGUUUUCAUCAGGUAUCUACUACAAGGAGGCCGUGUUCUCUCCAUCUGCUCUGAUUUCCUCAAUGUUGCGGUGCCUCUCUUUGGUGACCCACCUUUUUCUGCCAUGGGUUUGGAAACCAACUCUUGUCCGCUGGAAGAGAAAGGAACAGUAGAAGUGCAAGAACAGGCAGUAGUGUCCAUCAGUUACAGGCGAUGGUCCAGCGUUCAGCUUCUUCAUCACCAGCACUGCUUUCAUUCCUCACCCAGACACAAGAGGUUUUCACAAGACCUUGAAAAGACUUCUAAAAAAGUCAGCAGGUCUGCUGUAAGUGUUGAACCAACUCAUGUUGAAAUUACUGAUGAAUGUGGAGGCCAGCACCGUCUCAAUCUCAGCAUCUUGGCCACAGAUGAUACCUGGGGGGCUCCCUCUCUGCUCUCAGCCAGGCUUCAUGGAGGGAAUGGCAAGGCAGUUUUCUCACAGGUACACUUAGAGAGAGACCCACAAGAAUGCAUUGGGGCAUCAAAUGUCCCCUCCAAGCUUUCUGUCAGUAAUGAAGCACGAUUAGAGAUUUUAAGGGACCUUCUGAAUACGGAGCUUAGUAUGGACACCACAGGGAGCAGUUCUUCCUGUGUUUACACUUCAGCCUAUUUCCUAGGAAGACAUGAGUUGAAGCAAGACCUCCUGAACAGAUUACAGCCACACCUUGAAAACCAAGAGUUGAAAAGGCCCCAGUUAACCCUCCAGUUUGUUAAUGCAAGAGAGAUUGCAAAACAGGCUGAUGAAGACUUGCUGCCUCUCCUCAUGAAUGCAUGUCCUAUGACCUUCUCCACAGUCAGAUACUUUGAGACACUCAAGACAACAGCAAUAGGUCGUUUGGUGAUUUACUGUGAUGUAAUGACCUCUAGUAUGAAGGUAACAGCUGGACAUCCCCCGCUUAUUCAUGGCAUCACAGUGGUACCAACACAGCAGACUCAGGGUAAAGGUCGAAGUGGGAAUGAUUGGUUGUCACCGCUAGGAUGUGCUAUGUUUACCACACAGCUCCACAUCCCCCUCUCAUCAAACUUGGGACAACAUCUCCCAUUCCUGCAGCAUCUCAUUGCCAUUGCUAUAGUGCAAGCUGUGCGAGAGUACCCAGAAUAUGGUGACAUACCUUUGAACCUGAAGUGGCCCAAUGAUAUUUAUAUUGGUGGUGACACUAAAGUUGGAGGUGUGAUUGUAGAAGCCACCACAAUAGGAAAGGAAGUUAUUGCUAAUGUUGGGUGUGGUAUCAACUUGUCAAACAGUAACCCCACGUACUGUAUCAAUGAUGCUGUCCGCCAACACAACAAGGAGCACAAGACUUCACUUCCUGAGAUUGAUCGAGAGACAUUCCUGGCAAGAAUAUUUAAUCAUUUUGAGGACCUUAUAGACACUUUCCAAAGAGAUGGGCCAGAGGCAGUCUGUCCCAUUUAUUACAAGUAUUGGUUGCAUAGUAAUGCAGUGGUAACAGUCCAGAACGAAAAUCGAAGCACGGGGAAUGCAGUCAUUACUGGAGUGGAUAACUAUGGUUUCUUAAUAGCACACUUGGUUGAUGGAACAAUGAUCACUCUGCAGCCAGAUGGAAAUUCCUUUGACAUGAUGGAAGGGCUUAUCUAUUCCAAACUCCAGUAAUAGGAAAUGUAAUAUAAAUAUUUUAGUGAUGGUUGAUUUUGCAAGAUUUGGUGGUUGUUUCUUCAUUGUUAAGAGGAAGCUUAAAGCAUAAAUGGUUGGCUGAGGUUAGGUGUUGAUUUUUGAAUGAUUGUGACUGAUAUGAUGUUGUUGCAAAGUGUUGAGAAACUGCAGUUACCUAACUAGAGUCUUUUAUUAUAUGUAUAUAUCGGAAGCUAAUUCUAUCUGUUAUUUGUUAUAAAGUUGAAUAUUACUUUUUUCUAAUGUUACCAAGCAUUAUUAUUUUUUACUUCAAAGAUAUAGAAGAUUGGCAGAGGGGAAGUUAGAAGCAAAAAUAUGUAAGGACAGGAAGUGCAUUGUAAAGUACUUAAGCAUGGUAAUGAAAUUUAGAUAUGAGCACUUGCAUCUGCAAUUUACAUUGUUAAAAAUGUAUAAUUGGAUGUAACAAAAAGUUGUUUUGAUUAAGAACCGGUGUUAUAAUGCCAGAACCUGUGAUUGCAUCAUAGGAUAAGAAUGUGAAAUCCUUUAUAAAAAGGAGGAACAGGUAAUGUAGAUAUUCUCUUUUCAGAAAUAAUGUAAAUUGACUGCAAAGGUAGAGGGCAAAAAGGUAAUUUGGUAAUAUAUCCUAAAUGUCUGUGCCUGGAAGCAUCUCAAAUCAAAUUGAGCCACAGAUUUCUAUUUUAUCAUCUGCAGUGCUAAACUGGUAACAGAUAUCUUGCACUUGAACUACCUUGUUGCAAAUUCAAAUUCAAAGAGAGAAAUAUUGUUUUUCUCAGAUUCAGAGAGUGGUUAUUUUAUGACUGUCUUCAACUUGGAUACAAACUUCCAACAUAUGUCUUCACCCAGUCUUUUUUUUUUCUCUAAAUUUCCCAUAUUAAUGUGAAACUAGAAGCCCAGAUUAUGCCUAUGGAUAUUUUUAAAUCUUCAAGAUAUAUUUUGACAUCUUUGGUAUUGUCAUGUCUUCUACUGAAGGCUGGACACAAAACAACCCAUCCCUUAUUGUAUCAAAUUCAGAAUUGAAUGGUAAAGUACUGUGAUAAAUUUUGAUGCCUGAUGAGCACAGUAAAUAAAAAAAAGAAUAAAAAAACAGUAAUUAAAACAUGUUAAAGAAUUGUGGAUAAGCCCAUAGUAGGGUUGUAAAUGUUGAAGAAAGUUUUUGUACAGAACUGUUUCCAGCAUUGAAAGAAAAAUAAAAAAAACUUUGGUACUUUGUUAAACCUACUUCUUUGUGUGUAUAUGCCUUAGGUCCUUCUCAGUCUCUGAGACCUGCCUAACUUUGGCCGUGUUUUAAAACAAAAGGAAAACUUGAUCAUGUAAAUAUUUUGGGUGAUAAAUGGAAGAUGGCAAAGUGAUGAGCCUUUGGUCACAAAAAGACAAAAUUUGCUCUGUCGAGUGUUUGUCUGUUGUUGUUAACAGUGGCUUGUAGAAGUCUUGUCAGGCACAGCUGACAUUUGCUCGUAGUAUAUAGUUGGUCACUUCUGGUUGUCGCAGUUCAGUGACAACCAUCUUGUUUAACCCACAUGUCCACUCACUGUAUCUGUGUUGGUUGAGCCUUUUAUGCUAAAAUCCCUCUUUGCUAUUAAUGGCCAGUAAGACUUUUUCUGGUUUAAAAGUUAUGCUUCCAUUUAUAUCAAAAGGGAAAGUCGAUGGAUGUUUAUCACCCAGAGUGUGAUAUUUUGUAGUUCCUAGUUAGGAAAUGGAGAAUUUAACUGAAUAACAUAAAAACAAUUCAAUAAGUUUUGACAGAGGAUUAAAAAAAAUUGUGGAUUGCCGUUGUUAAAUCAAUUCACAUGCCAUUCCAAAUUCACUUAAACAAAAAUCCUAAAGGCAUUAAAAAACGUGUGAUUUCCUCAAAUUGAAUUCCUCAUCCAGUAAAGAAUUGGAAGGAUGAUGCAACAUAAAUGGGGAAAAAUCAUACAGAAGGAAAAAUAAGCCUAAAGUAAUGGGUCAUAUUUGAGACAAGGCUUAAAAACUGCAUAUCCAUUUUAUGACCUUCAGCCAAAAUAUAUCUUGCCGUUGCUGGUUCAUUGGCGAGUGUUGAUGUUGAUGUAAGAUUUGUAUAUUUUCUUGGGAUAUAUUCAUUUAUUUAUUUAUUUAUCUAUUAUUAUUAUUAUUUUUUUAAGGAUAGGCUAUAUUGUAAUACCUGGUCUAGAUGUUUCCAUCAAUUGUAAUGAAAUUGUUGUUUCCAUGGCACCAGGGAUUCCUAUAUAUAUUUCUUGAUCACAGAACUGAAAUGCCCAUUAAAACAAAAAUUUAAAACUGAACAUCUUUGGAUUGUUAGUAUUUUCUUAUACUGUCUGUAUAAGAAAAGCAAAAGAUUUCUUGUAUAUUCCAGUGCCAGGAAACAUGAACUAAUCAUAAAUGAAAUAUUCUCAGUGUUCAUGUAUUGUAUCAAUAGAUAGUAAAUGCUAAAUAUUUGGCUAUGUAAUAAAGUAUAUUUCUGGCAAAGUGCGAUAUAGGAGAGGUAGAUGGCUCUGCGGACUUCACAUUACCAUUACCAGACCAGAGCUGUGGGAUGCUAUCAGCUUGCUCAUGUUAACUUCCUUGUAAUUUCACCAACAUCUAUUUACCGUAUUUACAUUUGGCAUCAAGGCAAGUUACAGGGUUGUUUAUAAAUUGUGAGAAGUGGUGAGCUUUGAAAAGGUGAGGGUGAGAGCCAGAAGCUCCUCAAGAGAUAUGUUGUGCCAUUAUUUAUCAUUCUUAUUAUUGUUUAACUCCUCUUUGCAAUGGAUCCCCUUCAGAUCUUAUACUUCGUACAUACCGUGAUAUGAUUCUCUGUUGUCAUUGUUGAAUUGUUUAAGAAAUGGAUAUAUUUUCAUAUAGAUUAUGUAUCUCUUGAAAGGAGAGCAUUUGAGUUCUAAAACUUGUGCUCUAUUGAAAGACGAAGAAGAAGAAGAAGAAAAUAAAUUUAUCUAGUCAUAUAUGUAACAUGUUGUGUUGUAUUUUCCAACAAGGUGAAGGUAGGUUUGUCACAAGCAAUGCAUAGUGUGAGGCUUGAGUAUCUUCAUGUAAUUGUUGAUGCAAUAAUCACUUAUUUCUUGUUUUAGUGUGUGGGUAAAGCUACUGAGCAUGUAAAAUUUUCACUGUCAGUUCAAGAAGACUGAUGAUAAAUGGAUUUUUCUUUGUUUCUUUUUUAAUAGUUAUUCCAGGAUUUUUACUUGUAAAAUAGGUUUAAUAUUAGUUUUUUUUCUGAAGUAUAAAUAAAUAUAUAGAACAAGAAGGUCAUGUACUAAGAAACCUACAUAGAUUUUUGUGCCUGCCAUGACUGUUAGGAAAAGUAGCUCUUUUGUUUCAGUCUUGCUCUUUUUUUUCUCUCUUUCUUUCUUUUUAUUUAUAAUAUUGCCUACCACUGGGGAGGAGGAUGUCCCACUCAUGACGGUGCAUGUAGAACUGUGAUUAUCGCCAAAGACACAUUUUUAUUUUUAUAAUAAUCCUGUUAAAGGAAUUGUAUGGGUAUUUCUUGCCUUAACAGAUUUGCUGACAUGCUUUAUGUUUUGUACCAUUCACAUAAGCAUACUCCAUUGAAACCUAAUAUAUGAUAUAUUAUUUUUGAAAUACAUAAAAACUUAUCAUUACACUUUAAUGGAAUAAAGCCUAGCAUGUGAACAAUUCUUCAUGUACAAACAUCAAAGAGCAAAUCAGGAAGGGCCUUUUUUGAUCGUCAUCAUCAUCGUGUGUGGCACACGUUCCCUAGGGAUUGCAUCUCCAAAAAAAAAUGUGUAUAUACUGUUGACUAGUAUUAAGUGGUAUAGAGGCAAUAAGGCACAAGCAUGUACUGUGCAUACUGAACAGGUUUAUUGAAAGUGACAGCAAAAAAUUAAACAAAGUAGACUUUAAUGCAGGUAUGAAUGUUUUCUGCAUGAAAGCUCUCAACUGAUUAUCCUAUGUUUGAAACAGUUUUGUGCUUGUGUACCAGUGUCUUGUACGAAGUACUCUGUGAAUAUAUUCCACUAAUGAACAUUAAUAUCACA